GCUCGCCGCCGCCGCCGCCGCCGCGCGCCCGUCGUCGCAGCCCUUCCUGUUGGGAUUAUCUCCUGCUCUCCGCUCCUUCGCACUCCGCGAUCGAAGCCGCCGCUGGGCUUCAGCUGCUCGGACUCCUUCCCACCCGGUGCCUCCGCUCGCCGGGGCCUCGAGGAGACAGGACCCCCCUUGGGCAGCGAGACCAUGAGGAAAUUCAACAUCAGGAAGGUGCUGGACGGCCUGACCGCAGGCUCGUCCUCGGCCUCGCAACAGCAGCAACAGCAGCAGCACCCGCCGGGGAACCGGGAACCCGAGAUCCAGGAGACGCUCCAGUCCGAACACUUCCAACUGUGCAAGACUGUUCGCCAUGGAUUCCCCUAUCAGCCCUCAGCCCUGGCCUUUGAUCCCGUACAGAAGAUCCUGGCAGUAGGAACUCAGACUGGUGCUUUAAGACUCUUUGGUCGUCCAGGAGUGGAGUGUUAUUGCCAACAUGACAGCGGAGCGGCGGUAAUUCAACUCCAGUUCCUGAUUAAUGAGGGAGCCCUUGUGAGUGCCUUGGCUGAUGACACCUUACACUUGUGGAAUUUACGUCAGAAAAGGCCUGCCAUACUACAUUCACUUAAAUUUUGCAGAGAAAGGGUUACAUUUUGCCAUCUGCCUUUCCAGAGUAAGUGGCUCUAUGUGGGCACUGAACGAGGUAAUAUACACAUUGUCAAUGUGGAGUCCUUCACACUCUCAGGCUAUGUCAUUAUGUGGAAUAAAGCCAUUGAACUGUCAUCUAAAUCUCACCCGGGUCCUGUUGUCCAUAUAAGUGAUAAUCCCAUGGAUGAGGGGAAGCUUUUGAUUGGCUUUGAAUCUGGAACAGUUGUCUUAUGGGACCUCAAGUCAAAGAAGGCAGACUACAGAUACACAUACGACGAGGCUAUUCACUCUGUGGCAUGGCAUCAUGAAGGAAAACAAUUUAUUUGCAGUCAUUCUGAUGGUACUUUGACCAUAUGGAAUGUGAGGUCCCCUGCUAAACCUGUACAGACCAUCACUCCUCAUGGAAAACAGUUAAAGGAUGGGAAGAAACCAGAGCCAUGCAAGCCUAUCCUCAAGGUGGAGUUCAAAACGACUAGAUCUGGGGAACCUUUUAUUAUUUUGUCGGGAGGCCUGUCAUAUGAUACUGUGGGAAGGAGGCCUUGCUUAACAGUGAUGCAUGGGAAAAGCACGGCUGUGCUAGAAAUGGACUAUUCAAUUGUUGAUUUUCUCACACUCUGUGAAACACCAUACCCGAACGAUUUUCAAGAACCAUAUGCUGUGGUUGUUCUUCUGGAAAAGGAUUUGGUACUGAUAGACCUUGCACAAAAUGGAUACCCUAUAUUUGAGAAUCCCUACCCUUUGAGUAUACACGAGUCCCCUGUUACAUGUUGUGAAUAUUUUGCUGAUUGUCCCGUGGACCUCAUUCCUGCACUUUAUUCUGUUGGAGCUAGGCAGAAACGUCAAGGCUACAGCAAAAAGGAAUGGCCUAUCAAUGGAGGUAAUUGGGGCUUGGGUGCUCAGAGUUACCCAGAAAUAAUUAUUACAGGGCAUGCCGAUGGGUCAGUUAAGUUCUGGGAUGCUUCUGCAAUAACUCUACAAGUACUGUAUAAAUUAAAAACGUCUAAAGUGUUUGAAAAGUCAAGAAGUAAAGAUGACAGACCGAACACGGACAUUGUAGAUGAAGAUCCAUACGCCAUUCAGAUCAUCUCCUGGUGCCCAGAGAGCAGAAUGCUGUGCAUAGCUGGAGUGUCAGCGCAUGUCAUCCUUUAUAGAUUCAGCAAGCAGGAAGUGGUGACAGAAGUCAUCCCGAUGCUUGAAGUUCGACUGUUAUAUGAAAUAAAUGAUGUGGAAACGCCAGAGGGUGAGCAGCCGCCACCUUUGUCCACCCCCGUGGGCAGCUCCAACCCUCAGCCCAUUCCUCCUCAGUCUCAUCCAUCCACCAGUAGCAGCUCAUCUGAUGGGCUUCGUGAUAAUGUACCUUGUUUAAAAGUCAGAAGCUCACCACUUAAACAGUCUCCAGGUUAUCAGACAGAGCUAGUUAUUCAGUUGGUGUGGGUGGGUGGAGAACCUCCACAACAGAUCACCAGCCUGGCACUCAACUCUUCCUAUGGACUAGUGGUUUUUGGCAACUGUAACGGCAUCGCAAUGGUUGACUACCUCCAGAAGGCAGUGCUGCUCAACCUCGGCACCAUUGAACUGUACGGCUCGAACGAUCCUUACCGGAGAGAACCCCGGUCACCCCGGAAAUCGCGACAACCUUCAGGAGCGGGCCUGUGUGAUAUUACUGAAGGGACUGUCGUCACGGAAGAUCGAUGCAAGUCUCCAACUUCCGGUUCUUCGUCACCACACAAUUCAGACGAUGAGCAAAAAGGGAAUAAUUUUAUAGAAAAGGUGAAGACCAAAAGCAGAAAGUUUUCCAAGAAGGUAGCCAGUGACCUAGCAAAGAUGUCAAGGAAAUUAAGCUUGCCAACUGAUCUAAAGCCCGAUUUAGAUGUAAAAGAUAAUUCCUUCAGCAGAUCGCGGAGUUCAAGUGUAACCAGCAUUGACAAGGAAUCCCGAGAAGCUAUCUCUGCUCUUCAUUUCUGUGAAACUUUUACUCGCAAGGCCGACUCCUCCCCCUCCCCCUGUCUGUGGGUGGGAACGACGCUGGGAACAGUGUUCAUCAUCACACUGAACCUUCCCCCAGGGCCCGAGCAAAGACUCCUUCAGCCCGUGAUUGUGUCUCCAAGUGGUACUAUAUUGAGGUUAAAAGGUGCAAUCUUGAGAAUGGCAUUUCUGGAUGCCACGGGCUGCUUAAUGCCACCUGCAUACGAACCCUGGAAAGAGCACAUCGUUCCCGAAGAAAAAGACGAAAAGGAGAAAUUGAAAAAGCGGCGACCUGUCUCAGUCUCCCCCUCCUCUUCUCAGGAAAUUAGUGAAAACCAGUAUGCAGUGAUAUGUUCUGAAAAGCAAGCAAAGGUAAUCUCACUGCCAACCCAGAACUGUGCGUAUAAGCAGAACAUUACUGAGACGUCGUUCGUGCUUCGUGGAGACGUUGUAGCACUGAGCAACAGUGUCUGCCUCGCCUGCUUCUGUGCCAAUGGCCACAUUAUGACCUUCAGUUUGCCAAGCUUACGACCUCUGUUGGACGCCUACUACUUGCCCCUUACCAACAUGCGGAUAGCCAGGACUUUUUGCUUCACCAACAAUGGACAAGCGUUAUACCUUGUUUCACCUACAGAAAUCCAGAGACUCACCUACAGUCAAGAGACGUGUGAAAAUCUUCAAGAGAUGCUGGGUGAGCUCUUCACUCCCGUGGAAACGCCAGAAGCACCCAACAGGGGCUUCUUUAAAGGCCUGUUCGGGGGCGGUGCACAGUCUCUCGACAGAGAAGAACUAUUUGGCGAGUCCUCCUCAGGAAGGGCCUCAAGGAGCCUUGCGCAGCACAUCCCGGGUCCUGGUGGGAUCGAGGGUGUCAAAGGAGCAGCAUCCGGAGUGGUGGGUGAAUUAGCCCGAGCCAGGUUGGCCCUGGAUGAGAGAGGGCAGAAGCUUGGCGACCUGGAAGAGAGAACUGCAGCUAUGUUAUCCAGCGCAGACUCGUUUUCCAAACAUGCUCAUGAGAUGAUGCUGAAAUACAAAGAUAAAAAGUGGUACCAGUUCUGACAACCAGAAUCCACUAAGACCAACUUCAGCCAGAAGGAGAAGGAAAUGUCCUUGUUGAUGUCAUUGGUAUCUUUGGGGAAGAUAACAUACAAGGGAUGUACACCGCUGAGGACUGUUCUAUCCCAGCACAAUCAAGCACUGUUUUACCUCAGUCACAUGGCUUUACCUGAGAACUCACCCACGUGCAAACCGGAGCAUAUGGUGUGUGCUGGCUGUGAGUUGACAGACAGAGAACUUAGCGGGGUCACGUUGACGGAUGAAAAACACAAAGGGAUGUUGAGAAGUCCUGGUGGGCUGUUCCUUGGAUCAUUCCUGUAUUAAACUUUCACAUGCCAAAAGAUUUUGUGCCGUUGUAUCUGCCAUCAGUGUUUGAUCCGAGGUGGGGAGAGGCAAUAAAUGAGAAGUUCUGAGUCCGACAUGGUCAUCUUUGUGUUGGGACUGAAUUGUGACCAGCUGUCUGGACUCACUCUCUCUCGGGCACUGGUCAUCAGUGUCAUUAGUGAAAGCAGCAAAUUGUCCCCUUCUCUUUAGACUGUGCUGAAUGGUGGGCUCCAACUAAUCAAAGAUACACAUAGCUUGUGUAUGGGAUCCUCUUCAGUUCUUGUUACUCUAUCUUUGUGUUCAGUUCCUAUUUUUUCAAAAGCAAAACAAGGUGAUAUAUCACUUUUCAUCAUCGAAAAGUGCAGCGCAUGACUGAAUUGCUCAUCUUCUGAGAGUUUCCAUGUAGUGGCCAUGCGGUGUGAAAAGUAAGAAACCCUCCAUUGUGGUGAGGAGAAUUCUUCAAUGUCUUUUGUCCUUGUUCACAUUAAUUCAGCUAAAGGUAGAUUUGACCAAAAGAGUUACUGGUUAUAUUUGUAGAAAAGUUGAAAUUGGCUAAGUUUUUAAUUUUGCUUGACUUUUUAUAAAAUGUUUAACCAAAUGAUGUACCCUUGCAUUAUUUAAUUAAAAUUGCUAAAACAACGAUGUUUCAUCAUUUCAGUAAAAUGCUCAGCUCCCCUUUUAAAAUGUCCUUUAUUUGCUAACAAUUCCAGUACACUCAGGUGAUGAGCCAGUUAAAUCUUAGUGCACAUGCCGCCGCAUGGAAGACUACAAGCAUCUUUUGUCAGUAAUUGUCCAAGAGUCUAGUCUAAUGACCUACAAAAUAGCUCCUGUAGAACUACAUCACACAUCUGUAUAUAUCCUUUCAAAAUACUAGAAGCAAAAAAGGAAAGGAACAUAUGUUCAUUUCAGUAACUAAGUUUUUUCUGUAAUAAAGAGAGAUGUGUAUUAAAUGUCAGAAGCCCUGAAUGAUUGGUUCCUGCUCUAGCGUUACAGCCUAGAAAGAAAGCAGUCUCUAACACAGAGUCGGAGGCUAUAAUUGUGAAAGCCACAAAGGAAGAAGUGAAGGGGGAGCAUGAAAUUUAUAUAUUGUCUUCUAUCAAAGUCUGUAAUGAGUCAUUGUCCUUUAAUAAGCAGAGCACAAAUUGAUAGGAAGCCUGCUUGUUUUCUAUUCCAUGUGAUGCGUGACGUUCCCUGUAACACAUCUUCAGUUUCCCAGCCUCUCAUUCACCUGUUUCUCUUUCAUUGAUAAAAUCUUUUGUUUACAUUUUAUAAUGUGCACUACUGGAUAUAAAAGUUUACAUCAAAGUUUAUUUUAAAUAGCAUCAAGUAAGAAUUAAAUAUAUGUGGUAGAGAAUUGAUCAAGACAAAAAUGUUUUAUAACUAUAAUCAUUUUUAAAAGUUUCGCAAUCUGUAGAAAGUGAAUAACAUUUCUGUUUCGUGUCCGUGCUCCGAACGUUUGGCAGUUUACAAAUUGCUUAAUUUGCGUUAUCUAUUGUCCACUAAACCCAUGUCUCAUGAUACCUCAUAGGAAGAAUUGUGUCCCUUUUAAAAGGUAUAGUUUUAUGAAUAUCAAUAGUCGAGAGUUUUAAAAGGGUGAAAAGUACUAGAGUAACUAGCAAACUGCUUGACUCUGUGUGGAGUCUCAGCUCUUUGGGUUGCUGUAUUAUUUGUGUAUCAGAUUCCUUUCUAUAGUCAUUUUAACUGAUGUAAAUAAGAUAAAUCAAAGUUGUAAUUAUUUAUUAAUAGAGAAGUAGGUGUGUUUACCUGAGAUGGAUUUUAUAAGAAUAUCUUUAUGUGUCAUUUGAAAUCACUGGUUUCUUUUUUUUUUUUUAAAUUAAUCUACAUAUUGUGCACAACAAGCUAAGAGACUAGGAUUAGAGAGGACAGAGUAUUUUUGAAUAGAGAAAAUGAUCUUCCCAAGCUGUGCUUGAUUCUGUAAAUAAAAUAGUCUGCAGUAUGACCCAGGGGACUGACUGCAGCCUGAGAUGGCCUGCCUCCCCCAACCCACGCCUGUCUUUUUUGAUGCAAAAAGAAGUAGUCACCAGCAAGCCAAAGUUUCAGGAAAUCCAACAGCUGCAACAAUAACAAAAGGUCAAAAUAAAAAAAUCAGAAAAUGAAAGCGUGUGUGUGUGUGUGUGUGUGUGUGUGUGUGUGUGUGUGUGUGUUUGUGUGUGUAUGCUCUGUGCCCUCAGCACUGGUCACAUUGAAAUGUCUUUGAUUCUGAAAUCCAAGCAUUCUGCAGUUAACAUUAUUAACAGGAAGAGAUUUCUCUGUAUGUACCACACACACCCAAUUCAUUUCAUUCUGCAAACUAAAAUCAGUCCAUGUUUGCUUAGAAUACUGUUAUUCAAAGUAUUUCAUUUCAUCAAAAUCUUUCUAUCUGUUUGAAAUAUGGCGUCACCUUAACACCCACUCACAUUUCAGUCGUACUGUAUUUCCAAAACUCGAUUAUGGAUUUUAAAAACCUGUUCUUGAUUUGAGAUUUUCAUGGAAAAAUACUGCUGUGUACAUCUGUCAUUCUGUGCAAGUAGACUGCAAUUUCAUCAGAAUAUUCCUUUAAGAAAUAUUUACUUAGAACUUCUUGUCGGUUCAAGUUAGUUCAGGUAGACAUCUGCGUGUACGGAAAACAAGCCUGAAAGUGUACAUACCUUUAGGAUGAAGGGGAUGCUGGGAGACGGCUGAGGAACGGGGGGAUUUGUUCCAAGUUUACCGUAAGUUCUGUAUUUGAAUCAUCUGUGCUUUGCUCAAGGCAUUUCGCAUGUGACAUUAGUAAAGCUAUCUCCAAAGGUAAUUUUUUUUUCCCUGUGGCAAAGAUUUAUUUUAACUUGGGGGAUUUUGUUUAUUUGUUUCUGCAAAAUAAAGAGCACUGAACUUUAAA